AAUUAGUUUCCUAAUCAAUAGUUAAAGUCUUCAUUUGCAUCUGGGGCAUAACCACCAGAUGCUGUUAGAAUGGCCUAAUGAAAUGGGUCGCAGAGAAACUUAUUACUUGCAGGCCUCAAACUGCGAUUCAAUGGCCCAGCAAAACAAGAAAAUGCGCCCUGUUUUACUCAAACGGAAUAGCCUGGAUUCAGUUGAUUUUAUGAGGCAGCCACACCACCGCAGGAGCAAAUCUCAGCAAGUCCGAUUCAAAGAUGAUGGUACAAACAAGAAGCCGAUUGGUGUCACUGAAAUGGACACUAAACCUGCCAAAGACACAACGCUCAUGAUUGGAAAGGCACAAAUAUCUAGGCACCAUAACCUGCCAAACUAUUCUCUCUCAUUCCCAAGGGCUCAGAAGGGGCAUCGGAAUAUUGCUAUUCAAACUUCUCCCAGCCUUAGGAAGCAUUUUCCAGUUUUUAAAAAGAAAAAACUGACAACAAGUAAGUCUUUAAUGGAAAUGCCAACCGAGCCUGAAUGCUCUGUCCAAGUCAACGGCAAUCUUUCUGAACAAGACAUGUCUUUGGACCUCUCUUAUUUAAGAAUAACUAAACAUUUGGAAGAUGGAUCUAGAACAGCCAAGACAUCCAAUCCGUUAUUUCAAAGAGAGUGUAAAGCACAAAGCAAUGGGCCUAUCCACUCAGACUCAGAUACUUCCGCAAUACUGGAAAAGGCAACUGUUUAUACACAGGUGCCUGAAUACAUACAUCUGACUUCUUCACAGGACAACAGUGCUUCCGUUUAUGCUUCAGACAUGGCCAUGGAUUUAAAUGAUUCAGUACGUUCUCCUACUACUAUGAGGCAAUCCAAUGAAAACUAUACACUGCCAUCCAAAUCAGGAAAAUCUCCCUCCUGCUUAAACAAUACCAGGAACUGCAAUGAAAUUAAUCCACAUUAUGACUCUUGUGAAGCAAAAAGUGUUUUGGAGUUACCUGUAUCCACUAAAGACACUAGCACUAAUGAAAACACUCCAUUAUCACCUCUGUCGAAUCAGAGUUCAUCACAUUGCUUUCUUAGAGAGCAUCAACAGCUAACAGAGCCUGAAACAGAUUCUGACUGUAUGGUGCUGACUAAUGAUAAUCAUGGAAUAACAUCAUUGACCAGCAGUAAUGAGUCAAAAUCUAUUCCCUCGUGUCACACUGAAAUGGAUAAAACUUCUACACGGUCAUAUGUUCCAGAGUAUAGCAAUUAUUUAGAAGACUUUCACAUAAAGUCCCAUCUUCCAGGGAAUGAAAUUAAACCAGAAACCAACAAAGAGAUUAGAGACAUUAAUCAAAUUCACUUGGCUCAUGGCGAACUAUGUGCCCUACAAGGCAGGCUGCAGUCCAUAGAGGAAUCUUUGCACUCAAACCAGGAGAAGAUUAAAGUCCUUUUGAAUGUAAUUCAAGACCUGGAAAAAGCCAGAGCCCUCAGUGAAGGGCGCAACUUCUACCGCACUGGCCAAGACCUCAACAACUGCAGCACUUGCCAGAACACUGCAUGUAUCAUUUACAGUGUGGAAUAUGACUUCAGACAACAAGAAGGCAGAUUUCAUCAGGUUUUGAAAACACUGGAUCAAGUGGAGCAAACACCUGCCACGGCUCCAGCCCCCAAAUUACCACCUGACCAUCCAAUUCCUGAGAAACAGGAAUUAAGACGAAAAACAAAAAAGGUGAAAAAGAAAUGCUUCUGGUGGAUGUGAAUGUCUUUUAGCUGACAUACAGAAUUGAAGGACUACAUUUCAGAAGAUGUUAAAACAUAUAUACAGAGGCUUUAAUAUGUACAACUGUGAAAUCACAAACAGGAAACUAAAAAAUGUCUAAGAAGGUAUUUGAAAACUCAAAAGCUUAGAAUGGAAUUUACUCAUUUAACAAGCUCAGUGAAUAAAGACACGAGUAUUUUGAAAUGGGAUGCAAUCUCUCUCUUUGAUUCAAAAAGACAUCUUCAUAUGCUUUGUGAAGGCAAAAUUUUUAAUUUCAAAUAAUGCUGAAGUUGUGAUUUAAAUUGAUAAAAACAAGGGCAAUCAAAGUAAAGGAAGCCGCUCCCAUAUGCAUUCCCACAUUAUGCUUAGUUUCAAACAAAAUGGCCUAAAAGUCAUUCUCUGAUCUUGUCCCCAGUGGUGCAACCAAAAACUGUGGGGUGGGACACAGAUUUUCAGAAAACUUCCUCUCCAAGU